AUGGAAGACGAAGAGACGAUGUUGAGCCGGCACCGCGCCGAGAGAAAAAACCUGCAGAACCAAAUCACCGGGAUGAAGAAACAGGCGACCAAGUCCAAAAGGAAAGAGGUCAAUGCCCGAUGCGAAGAGCUCGAGUACCAGCUGCGUUUGAGACACGAACAGGAGCUGAAGGAGGUAACUCAAGGUACCGAGACUGAGAAUGAGAACCAGGAUGUGACACCCGAAAAACUGCUGGAACAACUGACACUGGGACAUACCAGCAACGGUGAUGGUGCUGCUGCUGCUGAGAAGCAGGAAGUACAGAUAUCCCAGCAACCGGGACCUUCAACACCACAGCCAAAAAAGAAACGCAAUCGCCAACGCGAAAAAAUCGCAGAGCGUAACGCGGAGAUCGCUCGCAUCAAGGAAGCAGCGGCUCAGGAAGCUGCAGAAAUGCCCGAUUACCGCAAGAUGGAGCAGGAUGCCCUCGAUGAAAUCUGUCGUCUGAAUAAGCUACAUCAGCACGACAUUCAGCCAGACGGACACUGUCUGUUUGCAUCCAUUCUAGAUCAGAUCAGAACUAGGCACAACGACGAAUGCGUUUACGAUAUCCCCGCUACUUACGUCGAAACCACAGCUCCUCAAGAUCCCAAAGAUUUCAACGUCUACGCACUGCGAUCUCUCGCUUGUUGCUACAUUCGGGAGCACCCAGACGACUUUGUGCCCUAUCUGUUCGACGAAACCACCCUGACUGUCAAAGACAUCUCAGACUACACCAAGAGCAUGCAAGAAACGGCCGAGUGGGGCGGAGAGGUCGAGAUUCUGGCCUUGGCCAAGGUAUUGAAAUGUUGUGUCUCCGUUCUCAUGAGCGGCAGAGCCACUCACAAAGUCAACGAGCAAGAGUCGGCCAACCCACAGCUCAAUUUGGUUUACUACAAGCACAGUUAUGCUUUGGGUGAGCAUUACAACUCUCUUCGCGAUGAGUGA